ACCAAACACCUUCCAUCUGUUUCCCUAUAUAUUUUCUUACUCCUUCUUUCCCCCAAUUCCCUUUUAAGUUCCCCAUAUCUCCAUUGGAUGACUCAGUCCUUUCUUCUCCUCCUUCUCUCCUCCUUUUAAUGGCGAAGAUCUCAAAUCCUUCACACAACAAUUCCAUUUCCACUACUCAUAAUGAUCUUCACUCUUCUUCUUCUUCUUCUUCGUCAAUACUUCAUAGCCAGAGGAAGGUACUGACGAAGCGUACGCGUAAGUCCACUCCUCGUGAUUCUCCCGCUCAACGUAGCUCUGUUUACCGCGGAGUCACUAGGCAUAGAUGGACUGGACGGUUUGAGGCGCAUUUGUGGGAUAAGAAUUGCUGGAAUGAAGGACAGAACAAGAAAGGACGUCAAGUGUAUUUAGGAGCGUAUGAUGAUGAAGACGCAGCUGCUCAUGCUUACGAUCUUGCGGCGCUCAAGUACUGGGGAACUGAAACUGUUCUUAACUUUCCACUAUUAACGUACCAAGAUGAGCUUAAAGAAAUGGAAGGCCAAUCAAGAGAAGAGUAUAUUGGAUAUUUGAGAAGGAAGAGUAGCGGCUUUUCUCGCGGGGUUUCAAAGUACAGAGGUGUAGCAAGGCACCAUCAUAAUGGAAGAUGGGAAGCUCGAAUUGGCAGAGUGUUUGGCAACAAAUACCUUUACCUUGGAACAUAUGCUACCCAAGAAGAAGCUGCCGCGGCUUACGACAAGGCGGCCAUAGAAUACCGUGGCCUUAACGCCGUUACAAAUUUCGACCUCAGCCGUUACAUCAAAUGCCUUCGUCCCGGGGAACAAGAUAUCCCAAACAAUAACCGUCCACCAAACCCUAACGCCGGCGAAACACCGUCACAAUUUGACCCCAAUUCCCUCCUCGGAUUCACUUUCCCCUCACAAUGCUCCAGCUCCGGCCAAACCUCCACCGAGCCACUUCCGGAACCUGGCGACGGCGACUCCUCCUCCUCCUCCACGGCCAUCGAGCUCCUUCUCCAUUCCUCGAAUUUCAAAGACAUAAUCGAAAGAACAUCCACUGCAGAGACUCCGCCGGAAACUGAUCGGCCACGUCGAUGUUUUCCUGACGACAUUCAAACUUACUUCGAUUGUACUCAAGAUUCCGGCGAUUUUGCCGAAGGCGACGACGGCAUUUUUGGGUACCUAAGUUCGUUUUUACCUUCAUCAGUUUUUCACUGCGAACUUGAUGCUUAAUUAGGUUAUAAUGAUCAAAAGAGGGGAUUAAGGAAUUCAAUGUCCGAUGAGAUCAGUUUGAGGAAAUAACUCAAUUAAUUAAUUAAAACUAUAUAGAAGUUAGUUUUUCAUUUUUGUAAAGCCUUCUUCUUUGAUUCACAAGAACGGAGAGAAGGAAAUUAGACGUUUAAUUUUUUUUUCCGCCAUAGAAUUCGUUUGCAUGCAAAUGUAGAAAUUUUGUGUGCAUUAAGAAUUGGGAUUCGAAAUCUCCGGUGAAAAUAAGUUGUGCAUUUUCAAAUUAUAAUAAAAAGAGCUAGAAAAUUUGUGUUAUUAA